AUGGCCAACCAAACAAAAGAAAACAGCGAAGCCAAAGAACCACCACCCUCCAGCUCCGACACGAGCACCACGGCCACCACCAUCCCUCCCUCGGCCGUCACGGGCCCCGUCGACUUCGCCGAACUGCCCGGCCUCCCGCGGCUGCGCUACCGCAUCCUCGAAUACAAGCUCAAGCUAUCCAUCGUGGUGUCCCUACUAGUGCUCGAGUCCAGCCUGCUGCCCAUCUCGCUGUACUACGGCCUCAUCCUAGGCACCACACUACGACCAGGCAUCGUCUUCGCCAUCAUCACCUCCUUCUUCGGCAUCGUCACGGGCAUCGAGUUCGGCCUGCGCUGCAUCAAGCUGAUCUGGAUGGGCGAGAAAUACCGUCCCGUCGCCGGCACCCGGUGGAGCUUCGACUUCACGCAUUGGACCUUGUCGUUCGGCUACACCGUCAUGACCGCCAUCCUCAUCGGCGGCUCUGUGCCCCACCCUCCGAUCGUGCGCGCGCUGGCCAUUCCCGUGUCGUUGUUCUUUAUCCAGAUCGGUUUGCAGCUGGUGUGGAGCGGCUGGAUGAACGUGACGCGCCGGCCCGCGCCGUGCAAGAUCAGCUCGAUUCCGAAGGGGGGUCGGGUGCCGCCUUUGGUGUUUACUUUGGUGGAGGAUAUUGUUGGGGUCGAUGGUGCGGGCGGGAGGGUGUAUAGGAGUGCGUUGGUGGCGCGGUACCAGACCAGCUCCCGGUUUCGGACGAUGAUUGCGCAGCAGAAUUGGUUUUGGGCGGCCGGUGCGUUGUUUGAUGGGAUUGGGACUAUGGCGGUUAUUUGGACCGUUCCGGAAAAGGUUGCUUAUGGGCCCGACCAUACCACAAUGGCCAGAACCGCUAAUCUGGGUUCCAUACCCCCCGAGCUGAUUUACGAAAUCGUCGAGUUUCUCGGCCAGAGGAGCCUGUCCUCGGUCUCCCAGUGCUCCAGGUUUUUCCAUUCCUUCACCUCGCAUCUUCUCUACAGGCGGGAUGCCACCGAGCACAAAUCAACCGGCCUCGUGCGCUGCAUCAGGUCCGGCGCCACCGAAUCAGUGGCCAAGUUCAUCGCCGCCGGCAUGGACGUCAACGCCACUACUAUCAACAUUUCCCCGGACAUGGAGGACUUUUCGGGAAACACAACCGUGCUUGCGACGGCUGUGGUACGAAACCAAAUAGAAAUCGUUCGGUUGUUACUAUCGCACGGGGCGGACGUCUGCGCUAGGAUCGACGCCACCCUUUGUUAUUCGGUAUCGGCCCACCCCUGGGCUAACGCCAGCCCGAUUACCCCGUUGUCCCUAACGAUCACGGAGGGUCAUACCGAUAUUGCCGUGGCACUAGUCGACCACAUGGCCAACGCGGACGCUAUCAUCUCUACCGUGAGCGGUGUCGGAUACACAGCCCUCGAGCAGGCCGCCUUGUGCCUGCGCCCCACGAUCGUCCGCCGUCUCCUGGAGCGUGGCGCCGACCCGGAUCAGCGAACACUUGGCGGCGCCACGAUCUUGCACAGAGUCAUGGCGAAUUCCGACGUACAGCGAUGGGCCGACGGGAUAUGUGACGGGGAUCAGUUGAUGGUGAGCACGGUUAUGGCGCUCCUCACGGGCGGCGCCAACCCUGCGUUGCGGCCAUGCCCCCCGGUACAGCCAGGCAACCACGCCGAGGAAUGCAGCCUUGAGUUGUCGGUUUACAAUCUGGGAAUCAAAUCACGCUAUGGAGAGAUACGACAACACUUUGCGGAACUUGUGCAUCGCCGACUUUGCGAGAAGUCAGCUUGCCGGGCACACAGAUAUGACUACGGACUUUCAGGGGAGGACAUUCCGGGGCAUUGCGCCGUAUCCCCAGACGACAUGACCUCGGAGGAAUUACGAUUAGCGGAAAGCCUAUCUUGA